GUCCAUCCAUUCACCUGUCAAGUGCCUGCUGACCAUCCACCUGCCAGUCAAGGGUCUGCUGACCAUCCACCUGCCAGUCAAGGGUCUGCUGACCAUCCACCUGCCAGUCAAGGGUCUGCUGACCAUCCACCUGCCAGUCAAGGGUCUGCUGACCAUCCACCUGCCAGUCAAGGGUCUGCUGACCAUCCACCUGCCAGUCAAGGGUCUGCUGACCAUCCACCUGCCAGUCAAGUGCCUGCUGACCAUCCACCUGCCAGUCAAGGGUCUGCUGACCAUCCACCCGCCAGUCAAAGGUCUGCUGACCAUCCAUCUGCCAGUCAAGAGUCUGCUGACCAUCCACCCGCCAGUCAAGGGUCUGCUGACCAUCCACCUGCCAGUCAAGGGUCUGCUGACCAUCCAUCUGCCAGUCAAGGGAUCAUCCACCUGCCAGCCUAG